AACUUCUAGUAUUGCUUAUAACGGAGAGGUUUGAUAUAGGUCUAUAGUUGUUUAAAGAAUUCCGAUCUAAAUUAGUUGUGACCAUAACAUGUUUUUGUCAAACUUUCAAGAAUCAGUGAAAUGCACUGACUUACAUUCAUUCUGUAUCAUUGAAAUAAUAGACUCAGUCUCUGACUACGCGCCAAAAGGAAAAAAGUGAUUUAAUUCUAGGCCCUGGCAACAGUAGCUAAGCAUGGAUUGUUCACACGUAAUAGAAUGUUCAAACUAGAACGCAAGGCAGUAUAUAAAGUGUCUCUGGUCCAGAUUUGAUCAGUUCUUUGCGAACACUCUUCGAAAGCAGACGACUGUGACUUUGCUCCGCAAGCUACUCUCCAUACAAAGCAGACGACUGUUUGACUUCGCUCCGCAAGUUUCUCAGCAGACGACUGUCUUUUCUUCAGAUCUACCCUGUGCUGACUAAGCUAGAAAAAAAUACCCUAAUAUUUAAUAUAAAUACAAAUAGAUAAUUGUUGUUAGAUUUUUUUUCUUGACAUCUACCGUGUGCUGAUCAGUAAAGCUAAGUUGGAUUAGCUAACAUCGUUAGCCUGUUUACACAAUUCGUUUUUGUUCAGCCAAUUAGCUUAUUUGAAUCAUAUAGGCCUAUUUAUCGAAUUGGUGGAUCGGUAACAAUUAUUUAGCAAAUUCAAAUAACGGUAUAAACUGACGUCUCUAAUACAGUAACCUAAAGCUAAUUUGGUUAGCGUUAAUAGGCUGGUCCGAAUUUGUUUAGUAGCCAACUGUAGUUGAAGUUGGCUGACAUAGGAUAGCCUUAAUCGGAUUGGAAAAUUGACAUUUUUCAAACCUUAAGGCUAGAGCUCUACUUAAAUCUAGCAAUUCUAGUCUAGACUGUAUAAUGCCAUCACGGAGCAGCAGGCGCCGAGCCUCGCGGCAGAGGAGAUGGUCUCUCUGGUGUUUUGCAGGUGCUGAUGUGAAGGAGACGGUGGACAUGGGGACGCAGACGGAGUGCCCGACCGUGGAGGUGGCCACCCAGGCGGACGGACCCGAGACGGCAGAGGCGACCACUCAGGCAGGUUGGGUGACAGCCGAGGCCAGCACUCAGGCUGCUUGUGGAACGGCUGAGGCCGGGAUACAGGCAGUGAGAGUAAUGGCCGAAGCUGGAUGUCAAUCUGUCUGGGCAACCAGCGAGGCCUCCGUCCAGGCGGCUGGGGUAACUGCUGAGGCUGACACCCAGGUGGACUCCACUGACGCGACCCCUUUGCUUGAUGCUGAGCUACCAGGAGCAUCUGUCCAGAGGACAACUGGUGCUGUUCCAGACUCCGGCUGGGCGGUCCAGAACAUGUACCAGACGGUGGCUUUUGAGUAUUCUGAGUUCUUCCGCAACGGCCAGAUGUGGGUGGAGGUGAAGCUCAGGUGUGAGGAGAGGCGUGAGGGUCCGUACCUCAGGCAGUACUGGUACCUCAUCAACAACUGUUCCCAAGAGACAGCUGAGGGAUUCCUGCCCUACGCCAACGGAGAGCUGCUCACUUACAUUGAGUGGUACUGUGGGAGCAUCACUGCGGUGUACUCACACAUCCACACACAGAUGACCACAGUUAUGGACAUAGGAGGACUCCUGUACGGCGAGACAUCGACCAGCUGCAGGGGUCUGUCCAUGGACGCUGCUGGAACCUGGACUCGCCUGGAGAGGACCGACACUCUGCGGAUGCCCCUGGACCAGUUCUUCACUCCUCAGCCGGACCCUGAUGACGACUCUGCUGGCCUCUUGGAAAUCGACUGGUAUCCUGGUGAUGACUCUCCUGGUCCUAAUCCUGACGCUGAUGGGUUCGACGCUGAUGGUUUCGAUGCUGAUGGAUUCGACGCUGAUGGAUUUGACGCUGAUGGUGACAACGCUGGAUUCGACGCUGCUGAUGACGACUCUGCUGAUGACGACGCUGCUGAUGACGACACUGGAUUCGACGCUGCUGAUGACGACGCUGGAUUCGACGGUGAUGAUGCUGCUGAUGACGACGCUGGAUUCGACGCUGCUGAUGACGACGCUGGAUUCGAUGCAGCUGAAGGAUUCGUCAAAGUUGCUGCUGUCGGCUCUCCUGCUCCUGGUCCUCACGCUGCUGAUGCUGCUGCUGCUGCCGACAACUCUACGGCCCCUGGAUUCGACGAUGCUGAUGCUGCUGAUGACGAUGCUGGAUUCGAUGCUGCUGAUGACGCCGUUGGAUUGGACACUGGAUUCGACGCUGCUGAUGGAUUGGAGGACGCUGCUGCUGUCGGCUCUCCUGCUCCUGGUCCUCACGCUGCUGAUGCUGCUGAUGCUGAUGCGGCUGGUACUGAUGCUGCUGCUGCUGACAACUCUACGGCCCCUGGAUUCGACGAUGCUGCUGGUUGGUCUGGUGCUCUCUCUGCUGCUGCCUCCGUUGCUAGCCAGGUUCCCUCUGUGUACUACCUCUUCCAGUCCACCGGUCUGGGGGACUUCCCCCUGAGGCUUGCUGGACUGAGGGACGCCUUCGCUGUCUUGCUUGAGCAGCCAGAGACAGCCAACUUCAUCGCCGUGACAGGGUCCAUGCUCCUGAAGAACUUGGCCACCCUCAAUGGAAAGGAUGCUGGUGCAACUCAGCAGGCCUUUGACGAGGUGGUGGCCUUCGCCCAGGCACCGACUCCCACCAUCACCACUGAGCUCCUGGAGGUUGGGAUCCACCAGCUCAACCUCCUGGAUGUGGUCUUCGAGCUGCUGCUGUUCAGAAACCUAGAGUUGGCGUAUGUGCGGCUGGUCCUUCAGGCACAGGGCGGGUUCCUGGAUCAUCUGGCAACAGUGGUCCAGUCCCUCCUGCCCUCUGAGGCGUGGCCACCCCAGGCAGCCCAGUGCUGGGAGCUCCUGCAGUCUGAGGCUAUCUCCUUCGUGUUGGAGAUCCUGUCCCUGGACGUGUCAGCGUACCACCAGCCCCAGCACCUGGCCCAGAGGGUCUUCAGCAGCCUGGAGCGCCGCAUCGACCAGCUGCUGAGCGUGAUGCCCUCUGGCUAAUAUCCCUUUCCCUCUUUAGUUUCGGUUUUGAAGGGUUUAGUUACUUAGGCUUAGUGGGGAUUAGAUUUUAGUGCACAAAACUUGGUACUUAGGACUGUAUGGGUUUAGUUUCCUAAUGCGUAGAAGGGUUUCAGUCUAGUGUUUAGUAUAAAUGGGUCAACUAAUUGCGUUGUAAGGUAAAGACCUCUGUAGGGUUUAGGUUUCAGAAUGAGGGUUUUGCUUUUAGGUUUUGGUUCUAUGAUUUAAUAUGGGUUUUUUUGGUGAUUAAUUGCAAUUAGUGUUUAGUAUUUUCGGUGGGGUAGGCCAGGGCAUUUGUUUAUCUAUGGUAUAGUGUGGGUUUGAACUAGUUUUUAGUUUUCAAUAUGAUUUUUUCAGCUUUACCCAGGUACUUAGUUUGGUUAAUUAUGACUGGAAAGUAGGAUUUCAUUUUAGUAUAAUGGACGGUUAUUUUGAGCGGUUAGCUUUCUCGUGUUUAGUGGGUUAGUGGAUGGAUUAGCUGUAGUUUUGAUUGAGGGUUAGUAGUUGGAUUUCGUAUGUUAAAGGGGCCCUAUUAUGCUAUUAAGGAUAACUUUCAUUGUUAAUAUAGUUACAGGACAAGUGCAUUAUUUUGAACAUUAAAGCCCCCUUUUUUUAGUUGUCUACAAUGUUCUAGAGCCCCCCUCAGUGUUUUUUGACGUUUGCUGCUUUCUCCAUUCUCCAUUAUUUGGAUUUAGUCUCAAUUGGCUUUACAAUGGCUGUCUAUGGAUAUCUAAUGUAUUCAUAAAAACCAACCUAAACAUUUGUUUUCAAAAGUAUGCAUCUCACUAAGUGGUUAGGGGUGUUCACUGGCAUUGAAGGUGAAUCAGCUUGAAGGGGAAAUACGGCUUCUGUCAUUUUUUAUUUCCAAUUUUGUGAAUAGAAGAAAAAAACGUAUUUACAAAAUGCUACAUAAAACAUGGAAACGCCAUGUUUCACUACGAAAAUUGUUAUGGAAAACCAGUAAAUACCCUUGAACAUUUAAUGAGUUGCAUAUUUUUUGGGGGGGAAAUGCUGGUGUGGUUUUAAGAACAGAUUUGUAUGUAUGCAAAGCCAAAAACCUUUGGACAACCCAACUGAAAUUCAGUGGGGAUUUGUGAAUGGUUCUCAUUGGCUAAUGCUCCAUUUUACUCAAAUGUAUUCUGCCCAAGCUCUGCACCCCCUCCCUCUCGGUCUAUCUGUCUUUUUCUGCAGGUGGUGUUCCCUGUUGGGGCCAUGCAGGACCAGAGUCUAGGACCAGGGCAUGCGGACCCCUGAUGACAACAACCAUGAAAGCUGAAGAUGGCCCCAGAAGACCAGCCCUAGAAGGAUCCACACAUUGAAGAUGACCACCAAUGACCAGCAUAGAGGAUCCACACACUGAACGUGAACCUAGAAGACCAGCAUACCAGGAUCCACACACUGAAGACAGUGGCAGAAGAAUUACACACCUGGCCCCAGGGCAAACCACUGAUAGGGCCCCCCAUACAGCCUGCCAAGGUCACAAUAGGGCCCCCACUAUCAAUACGGGAGGGCCCUGGGCCCAGGGGCAAAUGCCCUGCUCGCCCCUCCUAUAGCUCCGCCCCUGACUGAAGACGACCAUAGAAGACCAGAGACCCACAGCAUGGAGAAGUUACAUCAUCAUCAUCUCACAGCUUGACAGAAGACAGAAGAUAUUUUUUAAUGAUCUGGACAUAUCUGAUGACAAAACCAACACGGAAUACAUGAAAACCCAAUGAAAAUGGACAAUUUUUCAACAUGGACAUUCUUUAUGAUCACGUCAUACUUUUUUCCGCCUUAGUAAAUGAUGUUUUUGACUUUGAAAAA